GAGGAGGCGGGCCGGAGAGGAGGGAGAGAGGUCUUGGCUCUUGUCUUACCAAGGCGCUUUGAUUCAGUAGCUGAGACGGCGCGGCGCUUACCAGCCACUCCGAAGCUUCGCAAUCCAUCGACAAAUUCGGACAAAAACGGAUUUCUACAAGGGGACUUCGUGUCGUUAUUUCGUCUCUUUACGCACAGUUUCCAAAAAAAUAACUUUCUACAUUUCAACAUCUAUCUGAAAUCUUUCCAUAUAUUGGAUCGAUAAAGUUUUAAAAUAUGUCCAAUAAGGAGAAUAACAGCCGCUCAACGUCCGAGAGUUUGAGUUUGGCAACAAUGCGAGUCCCUGAGAUGAAGAAAAGCGCAAGAGUUUCCACUCGAUAAGAAUUGGAAGAGAAGGACAGAGCAGAACACACAGUGCAGAAGGAAGUGGAGGUCAACAAGCCAACACCAGCGCCUCCUCACAUGAUGGGGAUAAAGCACCUCCUGCUUCUUUUGAUUUACUUAGACCCCCUAAAUGUCCUGUGCGCUGCCGCCAACGCCAACAAGAGGAGCAAACCCCCGCCGAGGAGGAACCCGAAAGUGAAGGAGGUGAACGCAAGCACCACCGCGCUCCCCGCCGCUAUCCCGCGGAAAAUCACCCAGGUCCAAGCUCCUUCCGUGGGUCAACAUGAUACCUGCAUGGGCUACUACGACGUGAGUGGCCAAUACGACAAGGAGUUCGCCUGUAAUAACACGGACCACCGCUUCUGCUGCGGCAGCUGCUUCCUGCGCUUCUGCUGUGCGGAUCGCGGGAAGCGGCUGGAGCAGAAGACCUGCACCAACUACAACACCCCGGACUGGAUCAAAACCCAGCCCCCUUCACCAGCGCCCACAGGAGACACAUACGACCCAGCGCUGGACCAGACCAACACCACGGUGUACAUCACCUGCGGGGUCAUUGCGCUCAUCAUCGCCAUUGGGAUUUCUGCUAAAGUUGCCUAUGAUAAAGCCACCAAACCCCCUCAGGAGAUGAACGUGCACAGAGCUCUGGCGGACAUUCUGAGGCAGCAGGGACCCGUUUCAGCAUCACAGUUUGAACAUGAAGACAUCGCAGCCAUUAAUGGUUCUCCCAAAGAUGAGACCCCCAUCAGGACCUCAAAGAAUCACUACACUCCUGUUCAUGCAAAGACAUCCAACCAUGGUCAUUACGGCAAAGAAAACCUGCGUACUGGAGGACAAGACAUGCACAACUUCAUCUCUUCUGGGUUUGUCACGCUCGGACGUGGCCACUUGAAAGCGCAACAAUCCAUAGACGAAUCGGGGCAGAUGUCCUGGCAGGGUGACAUGGACAUUCCCAUGUCUUACGGAAACCACCACCAUGACUACCAACACAGCCACCUGGAUCUGACGGCACUCACACCGAAACUGGCCCACAGACACAUGGGAUACGAUAGGCCCCAGAGGAUGAACAACAUCCUGACGUCAGCAACCGAACCCUAUGACCUGUCCCUCUCCAGAUCCUUCCAGAAUCUGAGCCACCACCAGCCGUCGUAUGAGAUGCCCCACAAGCCUGACUUAAGUAAAUACUCUCCUCACAGACUAAGCGAUAAAGACAUGGAUGAUUACUACCCAAGGAAACAUCUUCAUCCUGACUUUGGUGGCCGGGGACCAACCCACAUGGUGAAGUUGAAUGCUGAACCUCACCAGCAUCAGCAACACCAGCAGCGCCAACGACCUCGACGGGUCCAGCGGGCCAUGUCACAGGACCACGUCCUGUCUCCUCCCCGAACGCCACGGCGGGGAGAUUAUGGUUUAUCAUCAUACAGCGGCAUGGCAGCUACGGCAUAUGGAAGCAGCCGUAAUCUCUCAAACGAACAACUGCUUUCUGCAGACCGCCUACACUCCCAGGAUCCAUUGCUGUCCCCGGCGAUGAGGCGUGACAAGUUCCGGGAGAAGGCCAUGGCACGGGCAAUGUCUCACGCUGACAUGCUAAUGCCUACCACACCGGUCAUGGACCGCCACAAGAUGACCAAGAUGCACUCUCAACCCAGUGCCUCCACUGACUCGUAUAACACGCUGAUGGUCAAUCAUCACUCUGGCACGUCCACAUCAAAGAGGCAGGCGUUUGCGUCCCGACGAACACACACGGUGGACCACCUACAGUACAUUCCUGGGCACCACCACACAUAUCGCACUGCCAGUAAGAAUGAGCACGAGCUUUGUGUGUGACCCAGAGUUUGGAUGACUUGGAAAUACCCUGGCAAGACAGUGUUUCUCUGAGAGCAUCAUAAGGGCUUUGCGCAUUGACACAAAGAUCCUUCUUGUCGGCCGCAUGACAGAGUGAAGAAAUAUUUUUUAAACUGAACAAAGGACUUGAAGGGAAUUGUAUCACCUUUCUAAACAUAUAAAUAAACUAUAUUUACUAUUUGUAUUUUCAGUCUUUGUUAUAGCUUUAGAGAUUCUCAUUAACUGAUAUAAGCACUUCAGUUGGUGCCUCUUGAAAUUGUCCCAUUUCAACAAUGAAGGGGAUUUGUGGGUUAAAAAGCACAAUGAUGAAUUCCCAUUUUUUUGGAUUAAGUUUUUCUCUCCUUCUUUGAUAAACGUCUGGAACAUAUCAGCUUAGACUAUAAGUAAAGACAGGCUAUUUUCUGUUGCAUACUAUAGGUGGUUGUAUAUAGGCUGUUCAGCUUCAUAAUACAAUAAAAGUUGGCCCUCUGGACUUUUUUCCCAAGUGGAAUGGAUUGGGCGUUUCCAGUUAUUAAUUUUGAUUUUAGAUAAGGAAAAUUUCCCAGAUUAGUAUUAUUUCCACCGAUGUCUGAUAAUUAUGUGGAUCUAAUAUGGGAGUAUGUUUUUGUUUCUCUUCAAACCGUGCUUGUGGCAUAGAAUGAGUCUGUAUGAAAUUACUGUUUGAUUUUUGCUGGAUUUUAAUUAUUUGCUCUGUUAUCAAUUGGCCAGUUGCUUUCAUCUCUACGAAUCGAGCCCUCAGUGUUGUGGAUUAUGAAGGCAACAUAUUUGUCUAGUGUUAAGUUUGACAGAAACAAUCAGUAUAAAAACGUCAUGCUUGAUUGACGAGAUGUCACUUGUCAAUCAAAAAAUUAUUAAACUGUGAAAUGUUUUUCCAGUGUUUUUCAUUAAAGCAAUGCCUUAUUGUAUAGAAUACCAUAAGCUCUUAAAUUAACAUCGAUGCUUCUCAUGUUGUCUCUGUUUUUUGUUUUCGUAGUGUAUUUAUAAGGUUUACCAGCAGAACCAACAAGCAAAGGAAAAGUAAUCUUCAAGAAGUUUGAUAGCAAAACAUUCAAUAGUUUAGUAUUUUUUUUACUACUAUUUUUGGAAAUCUGUCCAAUUGUACACAUAAAAUAUUGAUUUUUAAAAUCCAGAUUUUAGGGUAUUAAAUAUCUUGGUUUGGUUUAUAUCACCAA